AUGUUUCAGCUAUAUUGCAGUUUACUUAUCAUCUUAGGAUUCGUGGCAGGCGACUUGCUCGCUUGGACUAUUGAUGACUUGCUUGGUUUCCUUUGUUGUCAAGGAGUCGAUGGUGGUUUACGAGUACAAGAUACUCUUGCUGCCGCCGUGGACUCUCUUGAACUGGAAACUGUUGUUGAGGAACCCUACAGCUUGAUGUCGCCCGGCCUUGCCUAUGCCAUCCCUGGAUUGGCCUUGUUGGCAGGUUUGGCGUUGACUGUUUGCUGGGUUUUAAAAAGUUAUCGAUUCGUAUUUUACGAUUUGGAUGAAGAUCUGGAAACCUACGGCUUUAAACCGGAGGAUAAUUUACAACUGGACGACAGCGACGACGACAUGGAACUGGAAGAAAGCGACGACGACGUGGAACUGGAAGAAAGCGACGACGACGUAGACCUAGAAGAAGACAGCGACGACGACAUGGAACAAGAAAACAGCGACGAUGAUAUAGAACUAGAAGACAGCGACGACAACGUAGACCUAGAAGACAGUGAUGACGAAAUGGAACUGGAAGAAAGCGAGGACUAUCUGGACACAGAUGUCGAUGAAGUGUCUAGACUGGAAAAUCGUCUAGAACUUGAAGACCUGGAAGAUAGUAACAAUGACCUGGAAACGGAUAAAUGUCAACUGUCUGGACUGGAAGAUCUAGAACAAGAACUGGAAGGAACUGAUCUGAAGACCGAAAGGACUGAUGUAUCUCUGCCACAGGAAAGCUUAGAACUGGAGGAACUGACAGGUACUGAAGAUGGUCCAGAAAUUGUUGAACAGUCAGACAGCUUGAUGGUGCCAGCCUUUGCCUUUGCCAUUCCUGUUUUGGCCUUGUUGGCGGGCUUGGCCUUUGCUGUGCACUGGAAUGACAACAAUCUUGUUAACCAUCUUCAGGAACUGGAAGAACCUCUGGAAAAUGAAAAGCCCAAAGAAUAUAGGCUGGAAGAGACCUUAAAACUGGAUCUAGAAAACCAGAGACUGAAAGAAGAACUGGAAGAGAGCAAGGUUGCUGCAGAUGAAAUGGAGCGUCUUUGGAAGAAGGCAAAAGAGGAGAUUAUUCAGCUCCAGAAUCAAAUGGCAGAAAAGGACGUGUUGCUGAAAAAGAAUGCAGAUCAGGAAGAAGUUAUGAAAAGUGAAAUUGCCAAGUUGCACCACCGAAAUGAAGAAAUCUUGGCCGAGCAGCAACACUUGGAAGAUGACCUGAAACAGGCUCUAAACGAAAGAGAGAGGAUGGAAAAUUUAAAUAAUAAUCUUAAGGAGGAAUUAGAGUCUCUGGAGAAGGAAUGCAAAGAGGAGAUGGCCAACAAAGAAAGAGAAAUGCAGACGCAAAUCGACAUUCUGACUAAAUUACUCAGAUGUACUGCUCUAGAGUCUAAGAAGGACCAAGAAAAACUAAUUGCUCUUGAAGGUCAAAUGGCGUCCAUUGAAGACACUGUCUCUGAACUGGAAAGCCAGAUAAUGGACAUUACAGUGGAUCACGAUGCUCUCCGAGGAAAACUAGAGCUGAAGGAAGAGGAAAACGCGAGACUCAAAGCAGAAACUGAGAUCAUGGGAGCAAAACUACAAGAGAUGAAGAACUGCAUCUCAGAAUUAUGGGAACGGAAUGCGAGUUUGAUUGAGGAGUUAGAAGAAAAAAAAGUAGAAGUCACUUCAGUGAAGGAAGAGCUAGGAAAUAUGAAGAUGAGGGACCAAAUUUUGGCUGAAGAGGUCCAUGUCAUGAGGAAAUGGGUCGCCGAGUUAGCAGGAAUUAAUUCCAGCCUCCAGGAAGAGGCAGACGAAAACUGCCUGGAAAUAACUUCACUGAAGAUAUCAUUAAGGAAGGAGAAUAGACUUCUAGAGGAAGCUCUCCAUCAUGGAAAGAAGAUGGAGAGCUUGUUGGAAGAAGAAAAAAUGAGAGGGAAGGAGAUGGAGACUUCCCUCAGAGUUUUAAAAGAAGAGCUUGAUAACAGGGGCCUCCAAAUGGAGAGAUUAUUAAAUAAUGAAAGAAAAUUAAUAUCUGAAAAAGAAGACCUAGAAGAGAAACUAGGCAUCGCUCUCAAUCACGGGAAGAAACUGGACAGGUUCCUAGAGGAAGCAAACGAGAAGGCCAGAAAAAUUGCUAGCAAUUUUGAGGAAGAGGUCCAGAAAAGGGAGACCCAAAUAUGCCAAUUGUUAGACCAAGAAGAAAAACUCAAAGAAGGACUGCAGCAACUUGGAAAGGAAUGUGAAAGGUUGACAGAAAAGUGUAGGAUGCAGGAGGAACAUGAGAUGAGGGAAGCACAACGUUUCAGAGAGCAUCAGAGGAGACAGGAAGAGGCUUUGAGGCAACAGGAUAAAUACCUGUUGAUGACGCUUCUCCAUGGGACAGCUCAGAGGAAUUUCCACCUGCAACAUAUUGCACAGGGUGGAAAUGAAGUUCUGGAGGAAACCAGUGAAAAGGAGAAGGAAGAUGAAGGGCAAAAAGAGGACCUGUCUGACCUCUUGCGAAUGAAGAAGGAGAAUCAGUUCAGGAACUACUGUGACGCCCAACGUGAGAGAACUAACUAUGGGCGGCAGUGGGAGGUCCUAACUCAGACGUUGACGGACCUCAUGCACGGAGAUGAGAGAAUGGCGGAAGCGACGAACACAGGUACUAACAAACACUCCGGAGUUUUCAGUGAGGCUCCAGAGCAAGAAGAUGCGGAGUUGAUGCCCCAGGACACCAUACUGGGGAGACGAUCUCCCAAUUAG